UCCCGGGCUCCUCCCCUGUCCCUAGUCCUGCUCCCCCAGCCAUGGCCCGUGCGCUGCUCUUGGUCCCUGCGGCCUUAGCUUCUUUCGUUCUGGCCUUUGGCACUGGAGUAGAAUUUGUUUGCUUCACAUCUUUGCAACCACUGCUUGGGGCCACUCAGAAGUUGAGACCAGAUACUCGACAGGAUUGGCUGACUGCCCUACAGGACCCUGGCAUCUUGGCAGCUCUAGCACAGGAUCUGGGGCUGGUGCUGUUAUUCAUGGGGCAGCACAGUCUUAUGGCAGCAGAGGCUGUGAAGACAUGGAUGGCCCAGCACUUUGGGGUCCUGCAGAGGUCACUCUAUGUGGCCUGCACUGCCCUGGCCCUGCAGGUUGUGAUGCGUUAUUGGGAGCCAGUACCAGAGGGCCCAGUCCUCUGGGAAGCACAGUCAGAGCCCUGGGUAACUUGGGUACCCCUUCUCUGCUUUGUGAUGCACAUCAUAGCUUGGCUCCUCAUUUUUAGUAUCCUCUUGGUUUUUGACUAUCCUGAGCUCAUGGGCCUCAAACAGGUAUAUUACCAUGUGCUGGGACUAGGGGAGCCAUUGGCUCUGAAGUCCCCUCGGGCACUGAGACUCUUUGAGCACUUGAGACAUCCCGUGUGUGUGGAGCUCCUGACCGUGCUGUGGGCUGUGCCCCGACUGGGCCUUGAUAGAAUCCUCUUGGCUGCACUGCUUACCCUCUACCUGGGCCUGGCACAUGGGCUAGACCAGCAAGACUUGCGAUACCUCCGUGCCCAGCUUCAAAGAAAGCUUCAGUUACUUGCUGGGCCCCAAGAUGUAGAUGCUGAGUGAAAUCUAACCCCUAGGAUGAAACUAUGGUCCCUAGGCUCUGAAGCCCUGACUGCCCCCCCCAUUCAAAGUUCUGUUCCCUGAAAUCCAAGAGCUGUCUAUCUUAGAGAAUCUGUCUUCUGGACUUCUACUCCUGAACUUGAGGUUUCUUGAACUUGAGAGGCCACCCCUUGAAGUUUGAGGUUGCAUGCUUCUGGGUCCUUAGAUGCCUCCCCCCACCCGCCUAAACUCUGUCUCUCCUGAAUUCCCAGCUCUACCUCCUAGACUCCAAGUUUCUCUCCUUGUGGACUUCAGGCAUGGUUCUCUGGAUAUAGGAUGCAGCUAGUUCCCUGACUUGGAACCCAUACUCAGAUCCCAGAUUUAGUGUCCCUUAAUCCAGAAUCCGACACCUCAAUUCAGUCUACAAAGACAGAUGAGAUAUGGGGGGAGGAAUGAGGAUUUGGGGCCUGUCCCCAACAAUAGGUCUCUUUCUGCCUAUUUUCCUCUCCAAAUCUUAGGGGAAGAGGUUGGCUCUGAUCCCCAACCCCAUUCUCAGGGACCUUUUCCUUUUCCUUUAUAUCUUUACCCACCCUGGAGUUAUACUGGAACUGAAGUGUUUUCUAGCCUCUAGACUGAAGUACCUUUCCCUAGCUCCCAAUCUCCCAUCCUCCAGCCCUUCCCUCAGUGUGCUUAAGGUUCUUUUUAGAAUUUCUCCCUCACUUAGGCUCUAUGUCCUCAGAGCAGAUAUUGGGAGGAAGGGGCAGGAACCUCUUCACUCCCCAUCUCAGUGACUUCAUGUUUUCCAGAGAACUUGUAAGAAGCUGGCAAAUAAAUCCAAAUACCAUGUCUUUUUUUCAUAUGCCA